AUGCAUUUGGCUUAUGAAGCCAUAUACGAGGCACCUAAACAGCAGCAAGUUAACUACAACGAGUUGUAUCAGUGGUCUGUGGAGUCCUACUCAGAUUUCUGGGCAGAAUUUUGGAAGUUCAGUGGAAUUGUGUACUCUCGUCUAUAUGAUGAGGUAGUUGAUCCAUCUAAGGGAAUUGCCGAUGUUCCAGAGUGGUUUAAAGGCAGUCGACUCAACUAUGCAGAGAACCUUCUGAAGCAUAAGGAAAAAGAAAAAAUUGCUCUCUAUGCAGCAAAGGAAGGCAAAGAAGAAAUCUUGAAAGUCACUUUUGAAGAACUAAGACAGGACGUUGCUUUGUAUGCUUCAGCCAUGAGGAAAAUGGGAGUGAAAAUAGGAGACAGAGUUGUUGGUUAUCUACCUAAUAGUAUUCAUGCAGUGGAAGCAAUGCUGGCUGCUGCGAGUAUUGGUGCUAUUUGGAGUUCAACUUCACCUGAUUUUGGAAUUAACGGUGUGCUGGACAGGUUUUCCCAAAUUCAGCCCAAGCUGAUCUUCUCUGUGGAAGCUGUCAUAUACAAUGGCAAAGAGCAUAAUCACAUGGAAAAACUGCAUAAUGUAGUAAAAGGACUUCCAGACUUAAGAAAAGUGGUGGUGAUUCCAUAUGUGUCAUCGAGAGAAACAAUAGAUAUUUCUAAAAUACCAAACAGUGUUUUUCUAGAGGAUUUCCUUGCUACUGGGAAAGGAGAGCAGGCCCCACAGCUGGAGUUGGAACAGCUUCCCUUUAGUCAUCCUCUCUUCAUCAUGUAUUCAUCUGGCACAACAGGAGCACCAAAAUGCAUGGUUCAUUCAGCAGGGGGCACACUAAUUCAGCAUCUGAAGGAGCAUAUUCUUCAUGGCAACAUGACCAGCAACGACAUUAUUAUGUACUAUACAACGACUGGCUGGAUGAUGUGGAAUUGGCUAGUGUCUGCACUUUCUACAGGAGCUUCAGUUGUCUUAUAUGAUGGAUCUCCUCUUGUUCCAUCGCCGAAUGUGCUCUGGGAUUUGGUUGACCGACUAGGGAUCACCAUCCUUGGAACAGGUGCAAAGUGGCUGGCUGUGCUAGAAGAGAAAAAUUUAAAACCAUGUGAUACCCACAACCUUCAUACACUUCACACUAUACUGUCUACAGGGUCACCUCUUAAAUCUCAAAGCUACGAGUAUGUCUACAAACAUAUAAAGAGCAGCGUCCUCCUGGGGUCCAUUUCAGGUGGAACAGAUAUAAUUUCUUGUUUUAUGGGUCAGAAUGUUACAAUUCCAGUUUACAAAGGAGAGAUUCAGGCAAGGAACCUGGGUAUGGCAGUUGAAGCAUGGAAUGAUGAAGGCAAACCAGUCUGGGGAGAAAGCGGUGAGCUGGUUUGUACCAAGCCUAUGCCUUGUCAACCGACACACUUCUGGAAUGAUGAGAAUGGAAACAAAUACAGGAAAGCUUAUUUUUCAAAAUUCCCAGGUGUUUGGGCUCAUGGUGACUACUGCAAAAUAAAUCCUGAGACUGGAGGAAUAGUCAUGCUUGGCCGCAGUGAUGGUACGCUAAAUCCAAAUGGAGUGAGAUUUGGAAGUUCUGAAAUCUAUAACAUAGUGGAAGCCUUUGAAGAGGUUUCUGACAGUCUCUGUGUCCCUCAGUACAACAAAGAGGGGGAGGAAAGGGUGAUCCUCUUCCUGAAGAUGGCGUCGGACCAGGUGUUCACUCAACAUCUGGUGAAAAGGAUUAGGGAUGCGAUACGUAUAGCACUUUCUGCCAGACAUGUUCCGAGCAUCAUUCUGGAAACCAAAGGCAUUCCGUACACGAUAAAUGGGAAGAAAGUUGAAGUGGCUGUGAAGCAGAUCAUUGCAGGGAAGGAAGUUGAUCAGCAGGGAUCCUUCUCAAAUCCAGAGACAUUGGACCUGUACCAAAAUAUUCCUGAACUUCAGAACUUCUGAAUCUUUUUUGCAUCUCUGUAUUCUGUGUGUGUUUGUUAUUGUAUAUAUGAAUACUGUAUGUAAAGAAGAAACUAUUUAAAUACUAAUAGUUCUUUUAAAGGAAAAAUAUUUCGUUAAGUGCAUUAUGAAUGGCUUGGGUAAAAUUUAGCUACUUUUUACUAGUUGAAUAUGCCCUAUAUUUUGGAUUCUGUCUUUAAGCUUGGAAGAAGAAGCUGCCUAUUGGGUUUUUUAUACAUAUAACACAUGGAUCUUUUCUGAUUAGACUUGUAUCUAGAACAUGAGAAGCAAAUUGUUUCCAGUUGAUUGAAUACUUGUGUUCAUAAAGCUUUCACUUUCCAUUUUUAAAUGGAUUUUAAGCUAGUUAGUUAAAAACUGUUAGAGCCAUGUAUAAAGAUUGUGGCUUAUUUAAACACUUGAUGUUUGUGUUGUGAAGGAGGGUAAAGGCAGGUCAGCAUGGCCACGAAAUACAAAAGUAUGGAAUAGUUUUUAAUAUGUUCCAGUAAAGCCACAUCUAAAUUCAUUGUAUCUUACUUGACUGUGUGUGGUCUUGAAGAAUAACAUUACACUUGGAGGGAAUUGCUGCUUCAUGUUGUGAUGUUACCUUUACAUUGUUUUAAGCUUUUUAGCUGAUAUGUUUUUGUAGAUGGGUGGGAGCAAAUGCUGUCACUCUUCCAUUGGAUGUCUAAUUUUCAGUAGAAUUGUUCUGGGUUUGUCAGUGUAACUGAGGCUAGAAUUUGACUUAUUACUCCAAAGUCCAUUAUUGGGAAUCUAUAAGCAAAAAUCCAGUUCUGUAUUAACAGAACAGUUCCAGAUUAUUAAUGUAAUAAACACUAGUGGUUUUUGUAGCCUUUUUUACUAAAUGUGAUGAAAGUGGAAAAAACUAAAGCAUCUUUUCAAUUCUUUAUCCUUCCACUUACUAAAGGGACCCCUCUUCCCCCAUGUAUGUUGUCACUACAAAAUGGAAACAGUAAUACAGUUGUUCACAGAAAGAUACAAUGGCAGUAGCUCUACCUAAUCCAUGACAUUUAGUAUCCUGUGCACUAUUUGACUGUUGAGUGAAGUAUUUACUACAUUAAAAUAAUGAGCGUCAUUAAUUGUGUUCAGUGUGUUCAACGCUUUAUGUUAAACUUAAUAAAAAUAGAACCUUAAGUAUUGAUUUUAAUUUUUACUCAAUUGUCUUUGACCUACUUCUCCCCUCACCCUCCUCUUCUGGUGUAAUCCGAUUCUUACCUCAGUUUCCUUCACCCUUCCAUUCUUUACUCUACUCACUUCCCUCAAAAAUCCUACAUUGGAAGUACUUCAAGGCAGGGGUUCUCAUCUUUGUGUUAUGUGCAGCACUAAGCAUGUCUUACAUUACUGAUUUGCAUGUUCAUGCAUGGGGUUUGGGGCAUAUGACUAGACAGAAAAGUAAACCUGCUAAAAUGUCUGUCAUUUACCUCCUCCAUUACUGUAAUAAAAUAGUAUGUCAAGCUGUAACU